GGUGAAGUAAAACAUAUAUAUAGUAUGCUGCUUCCUCAGUUCAGUUCUUCGUUGGAGCAUACAGAAGUAUUAGUUAAAAAAAAAAAAAAAAAUGCAUACAGAAAUAAAUUAAACUGAUAAGCAAACCUUCUUUGACCUCUUCUUCUAUCAUCUGGUGCUUGUUCAUGAUUUGGAUUAUCAUGGUUUCACCUCUACUCUCUGGCUGCUGUGGACGCAGUGAUAUUGGAGUUGGAGCCGGACAAAUUGGAGCAUUCAGAAACCAUUUUAUCCCCGCCGGAUCUGCUCCCGUGCGACGAACUGGAUUCGGUUUCAAAGGUGCAAGACCAUCAGGACCACAGGCACCUACCAACAGUACCAAAGUGGGUAGAAACGAUUUUCAGCGCGGCGGAUCUCCUACAACAACAGCUAAAGGUGCCUCUCCGAAAAAUACUACUUUUUGGCAGUUCUGUGUAUUCAAGUUGCGGAAGUGUCGGUAAACCACAGAAACAAGCAAAGCUAGCUGUUGGUUCAUAUGUUUGUGGUGGGAUAUCAGUGAUUUGUGAAAAAUCUAAGAUCCAUAUAUUGAGAUGUGAGAGCGUGUAUUAUGCGUGGUUUUGUCUUAUAUAUUUAGCUGAAGUAAUAAUGUGCAACUCUGUAUAAAUUUUCCUUUCAAUUGUUAUGUGGAGAACUGUGUGAUAAUAAAUUGGUUAAUGAUUCCGAGGA